AUGACAAAAAUUGAGGGUGGUGAUGUUGUGGAGAUUCAGGGUGAUGAGAUGACUCGCGUCAUUUGGGAGCUAAUCAAGGAGAAACUUAUUUUGCCUUAUGUUAACCUAAACUUACACUCUUAUGACUUAGGCAUCGAAAACCGAGACAAAACAGAGGAUAAAGUGACAGUUGAAGCUGCAGAAGCGAUAAAAAAGUACAAUGUCGGCAUUAAAUGUGCUACAAUCACUCCAGAUGAGGCUCGAUUCCACCUCAAAAAAAUGUGGAAAUCCCCGAACGGAACAAUCAGAAAUAUUUUGGGUGGUACAGUUUUUCGUGAACCGAUCAUUUGCAAAAAUAUUCCUCGCCUUGUUAAUACAUGGACUAAACCAAUUAUCAUUGGUAGGCAUGCUCAUGCGGACCAGUAUAAGGCCACCGAUUUUGUUCUACCGGGAGCUGGUAAAUUGGAAAUUAAAUUUGUUCCUGAUGGCGUUGGUGAACCGAUAAGUCAUGAGGUUUAUCAUUUUACUGGUCCCGGUAUCGCUUUGUCGAUGUACAACACUGAUCAAAGUAUCCGUGAUUUUGCACAUGCUUCUAUGGAGUACGCUCUUCAAAGAGGAUAUCCUCUGUAUUUGAGCACCAAAAACACCAUCUUGAAGAAAUAUGAUGGAAGAUUUAAGGAUAUUUUCCAAGAAAUCUACGAGGAAGAGUAUCAAAGAAAGUUUGAAGAGAAAAAAAUAUGGUACACCAUUUUCAGCAUUACGGCUCUCAUUAUGGCACAUCGUUUAAUCGAUGAUAUGGUUGCUCAGGCUAUGAAAAGUUCAGGUGGUUUUGUUUGGGCAUGUAAGAACUAUGACGGUGAUGUACAGUCAGAUUCUGUCGCACAGGGUUACGGUUCAUUGGGUCUUAUGACGUCUGUGUUAGUUUGUCCGGAUGGAAAAACUGUAGAAGCAGAAGCUGCACAUGGUACAGUUACUCGUCAUUUUCGACUGUAUCAGAAAGGCAUGGAAACGUCAACGAAUCCGAUCGCCUCUAUUUUCGCUUGGACACGGGGUCUUUCGCAUCGUGGAAAGUUGGACAGUAACGCGAAACUUCAAAAAUUUGCUAGUAAUCUGGAAGAAGUUUGCGUAGAAACGAUUGAAGCUGGUUACAUGACAAAAGAUUUAGCUAUCUGUAUUAAAGGGAUGGACAAGACUACUCCAUCUGAUUACUUGAAUACCUUUGCGUUUAUGGACAAAUUAGCAGAAAAUCUUGCAAAAAAACAGAAGGAAUCAGCGUAG